UCAAGAACUACAAGUCCUUCGGCGUCGUCUCUAACCCUAACUUCCUCGGCGUCCGUUCUCGCACUUCCCACAUCAUCGAGAGCGACUCUCUGCAAGUCCCUGAUCCUCGGCUCUCCGAUCAAUCCGCCGAUGAGUUGGAGCUCAUUGAUUCCGGAAGUGAUCUCGAAGAAGAUGACUUGAAAAAAGCACUUGGAAAGAAGUGAAGAGAUGGAAAAACCACGAGAUUUAAACCAUUGACUGCCAUGCAACGAGUUCAUGUUGGCCGACUGAUAGAGAAGUAUGGAGACGAUUACCAGGCAAUGUUCAUGGAUACAAAACUAAACCAGAUGCAGCAUUCAGUUGCAACACUGGAGGACUUGUGCAAGAGAUACCACAUGUUUGGCGAUAAAAAUCCGUUGAUAGUGUCUGGUUGAGAUUGGUCCAUUUCCUUAUUGUCAGAUCUUUUGAGCUUGUAACAGUAUCGCGUGAUACCCAUGAAAGUUAUAUAACUUAUACGGAUGAGCUAGUGAUCUUAUUAGUGCAACUGAAAUUCCUGAAAUCCCCUUUGGUUUGUUACACUCUUCUUUCAAACUUUCAUACUUACUCUCCUCUUUAUGUUAGUUGAAGACUUGAAGGAAAUUAAAUGAUUUAAGUGUUG